GCGAAGCGGCCCCUCAUACCGUAAUGGGUUCCGGCGCCUCACGCUCCUGGAUUUGCCAGACUCGUCAGUUGCCCAGCAACUGGCAUGCGCCAUAUUGAAUGCGCACGCCUCCAUAAAUAGGACGGCACAGCACCGCGCACAUAGUUCAGCGAGGCGGCAAGCGGCACCGCUCCAUCUUCGCCGACGAUUCAACCAGCAGCCCACCACUGCUGGAAAUCCCUCCUGAAUCGGCGACUUGUAAACAUCGCCGUAUCUCACAUUAGCUCAAGUGCCUCAGGAAUAUACGCGCAUUUGGUUUCAGAGCAAGCACCGUCCCAUCGUGCCUGCCAUUACGCCGCUGCACCGAUAUUCCUUGCCGCUUGGUAGAAACGCCUCGCGCGUGUCGCACACCAUGGGUUGCCUGGCAAUACUACUGCUGGCUGCCUCUCUAGGAGCUGUGGCCGCAGCAGGCGUAGACCCGUCCGCUGAUCCUGCCGUCGUGGGCGAGUUCACGCAGCUGGGUCUGUCCAACUGCGUGGGCGUGCAGCUCGCAGCGGUGCCCAACACCGACCAGUUCCUUUUCAUGGAGCGGCCCCAGGCCAACCACCCCGAUGGCAAGAAAUACAACGCCGGGCUGAUGGACAGCGUGACUGGCGCGUUCACCAACAUCAAGACACCCUUCAGCAUGGAGAACUGUGGACACUCCUACCUCGAGAACGGCACGGUUGCCAUCCUGGCCGGCCACAAGCCGCAGUCCAGCUACGUGGAGGGCCGCCGCGCGAUACAGGUGCUUAACCUACAGAACCGCACCCUAGACAGCGUGGGCUCGCUGCAGUUCGGACACUGGCUUGCAACCGCCACACGCCUGCCCAACGGAAUGAUCACCAUUAUGAGUGACAGCCCCUCCCCUGUGGGCCCCGUACGCAAGGAUGGCAUCAAGAACCCCUUCUACGAGCUCUGGGACCCGACGAACCCAGCCACCACCACCGUCUUUCAGCUUGAGGACGUUUUCCUCUCCAACACCAAGUACUUCUACUACCCCUUCAACUUCGUCCUUCCCACCGGCGACAUGUUCGUGUGGAGCAACAAGUACGGCCAGAUCAUCAACCCCCUCACAGGCAAGAAGGUGCUGGUGCUGCCCAACUGGAAGGGCAUCCCGCAGGCCAAGGGCAUGUGCACGCAGUACCCCUUCAGCGGCACCGCGGCCAUGCUGCCCCUGCGCGCCACCAACAACUUCACCGAAGUCGAGAUCAUGGUCUUUGGCGGCCAGUGGUCGUACGGCUGGGUGAACACCACCGCUGUGGAUCUGUCCAUGCGUCUCAAGAUCAAGAUUCUGCCCAACGGCACCUACGACGUCGGCCAGUGGCAGGCGGAGACUAUGCCCUCGCCGCGUGUCAGCGGCACCAGCGUGCUCCUGCCCAACGGCAUGGUCCUGCUUAUCAACGGAGCUAAGCGCGGACUCCUCGGCGACGCCGUGUCUGGUGGUGGUGCGAUGCUGAAUGAGCCCAACCUUACGCCCGUGCUGUAUGACCCCCUGGCUUCCGAGGGCAGCCGCUACACCGAGCUCGCACGCGGCAGCAUCCCCCGCCUGCUGCACUCAACUGCUGGCCUCACGCUGAACGGCACUGCCAUUCUUGCUGGUGGCGACCGCUCCUCACGCUACUGGAUGCCUGCGGAUGAGGCCUACAGCCGCAGCCCCACCGGCUUUGCGGAGUACCGUGUUGAGCUGUUUGCCCCGCCUCAGGUGUUUGACACGCAGAACCGCCCCGCCAUCAUGGCCUGCCCAUUCAGCAUUGGAUUCAGUGACGUGACGUCGAUUGCCUACCUCAUCCCGAAUACCACGGCCCGCGUGACCUCGGUGGUGCUGAUCGCUCCCAGCAGCGACACGCACACCUUCAACAUGCACCAGCGCAUCGUGGAGCUCGAGAUUCUGGAUUCUGACAACGACAACAACCAUGUGGGUGUGGAUGGCGACCGCUCCGUGACCGUGCGCGGCCCGCCCAACGCCAACGUGGCGCCGCCCGGCCCCUACAUGAUCUUCCUCCUUAGCGGCCGCACCUGGGGCCCCGCCCAGUGGAUCAACGUGGUUCGGAACUAGAAGCGGUUUGUUGCGCAGCGUCCUGGAUCACAAUGACUGCUACAUAGCUGUGGGCACCUAUGUCCAAGUCCACUAACACAGUGCACAAGCAGCACACGCACAGUAUCGUAGUCCAUGCAUAGCAGUCUUGUAGCAGUAAUUGCGCUGAGUGGCGUGCGCGUGCUCUCUUGGUGGGUCUUGCUCUUUACUACCCCUCUUAGAACUUCCUCCUUUUUAUAGCCAUGGCGCUACAUGCCGGCGACGCGUGCGGGGAAGCCUUCAUGAGUGGAUUGCUGGAAGGCUCAUGAGUGGCAUGUGUAUGCCUGUACAUGGAACCGGAAAGUCGCUAGCUGUAUAUCGCCAUGGGCUUUCUCUGUUUAAAUCAUGCUUUAUAGGGAAUUCGGUCUGCAGGAGAGUCAUUGCCGUGUCAAGUCUGAGCUGACAAGUAUGUGUGAUAGGGUUGGUGAUUUGAGGUACACACGCAUGCCGCAGCUUGUAGAUGCACGGCAUUAUGGGCACCAGGAAUUGCACUCGCGCACGGCAAGGAGCACGCAGGCAGGUUGUAGUUUGUAGGUUGCAACAGCACUGUGAAGUUAUCAAACAUGAACUGCUCAAGAUAGUAUUGAUGAUGAGUGCACAUUUCAUUUGGGGUAUUGUUCUUCCGCCGGUGAAGCACACAGAAGUUGCAGGGUGCGGCCGCUGUGCAGCAGCUUUGUAAUGGCUACUAUUGCCCGGCGGCAACUGGUGUGCAUGCGUUAAGCACAAUUGCUAUGACAUGUAAGGUGAAAUUUUA